UUGGAGAUUCUUUUGAACAAGAAAAUAAUUACGAGCACAUGUCAUAAUAAUCAUAGUUUUUCAUCAAAACAAUGUGUGAUAAAUCGUGUUGAUACUGAUAAAGGAAGAUUUUUCUGGUGAACAGAGUCGUUAAUGCUGAAAAUGAUAGCUCAAGUUAAAGAUCAUUUUCUGUAUUUUGCAUACGGAAGCAAUUUACUGAAAAAACGAAUUCGUAUCAACAACCCUACAGCAGAAUUCCUGGGCAUCGGCCGGCUUGAUGAUCAUAUACUUGAUUUUAUGAAGUAUUCGGAUCACUGGCGAGGAACUUCAGCUACUAUAGUACCUAAACCAGGUUCCACUAUAUGGGGGGCCAUCUGGAGGUUGCAUAACAAUGAUAUGCCAGCAUUAGACUGGCAAGAAGGUGUAGAAACAAACUGGUAUUUUCCUAAAACAGUGGAAAUUACUACACCAGAAGGGCAAAAGGUGGAAUGCCGUACUUAUCAACAGACCAUAAACCCGCCAGCCCGAGAGGAGACUGAUGAAAUACCAGAAGAGCGGAGACCAUCUAUGACCUACUUAAAUGUUAUCUUAAAAGGAGCAGCUGAAUGUCAACUGCCUCCAGAUUAUAUUGCAAACCUAAAUAAGUUACCUCAUAAUGGACAAGAGGCCUCCCCCAGUAUGAUUGCAAAAUUGGAUUUAUAAUAUUAUGCAUUUUAAAUUUUAUGACUUGAUAAUGAAAUGAAUAUAUUAUAUACAAAUAUUUUAUUAUACUGUU